AUGGCUUGUGGGUGUUCAUCAACAGCAAUGGCAGAGAAGAUUUCAUGGAAUUGUGCUGUAUUUGUGGCACUAAUGCUGGUGUUGAGUAGCUGCGAGUCAAGCACUAGUGAUUUUACGAAUCAGAUGUUUCAGGAGAAAGUCAACAACAGAAAUUACAACAAGGUGUGUGAUGAGAUUUACGUGGUUCGUGAGGGAGAGACCCUUCAAACAAUCAGUGAAAAAUGUGGGGAUCCUUAUAUUGUUGAAGAGAACCCACAUAUCCAUGACCCUGACGAUGUUUUCCCUGGCCUAGUUAUCAAGAUUCGCCCCUUCACCAAUAGAUCAUAA